AUGUCCUUCCUCUUCAAGUCGAAGAAGCACCAAAGCAACAACGCGCUGCCCCCUGCAACAAGAAAUAUCCACACUUCUGAAGGCACGACUUCUACAUCAGGGCCCAAUGGCAUGCGCGAGAAGGAUGGAGACCGACUCAAUCAGUCGCCAAUACCACCUGGCAACGUCAACAAUUCUUUGUCAUCGCUUAGUGGAACAACAGCUACCUCUGAUCAUCCCUGGCAACGACAGCGGGAAAGGGCCGAGUCAGAUCUUCAGGUUCGAAAAGGAAAUAUGAAUGGGACAGUACCGAACGCUGCGCUCUAUCCCUGGUCACAACGGAGAAUGAAUUUCUCGACCCCACAACCGAACCCAUUUCCUAGAUAUGGCGCUGCUGUCAAUGCUGUAGCCUCGAAGGAAGGUGACAUAUACAUGAUGGGAGGUCUCAUAAAUGGCUCCCUGGUGAAAGGCGAUCUCUGGAUGGUCGAAUCUGCGGGUGGAAGCUUGUCUUGCUCCUCAGUCGCUACAGUGUCGGAGGGUCCUGGUCCAAGGGUCGGCCAUGCCAGUCUGCUCGUGGGGAACGCUUUUAUCGUCUUUGGUGGCGACACGAAAAUGGAUGAUUCAGAUGCAUUAGACGAUACUCUGUAUCUGUUGAAUACCUCAUCCAGACAAUGGUCUCGAGCUGCUCCAGCCGGCCCCAGACCUGCCGGAAGAUAUGGCCACACUCUGAACAUAGUAGGCUCUAAGAUCUACAUAUUCGGUGGACAGGUCGAAGGAUACUUUUUCAACGACCUUCUUGCCUUCGAUCUAAACUCUUUGCAAAAUCCUGCAAAUCAAUGGGAGUUCUUGGUUCGUAACAGUGGAGACGGCGGCCCAGCGCCGGGGCAAGUUCCGCCUGCAAGGACGAACCACUCUGUGAUCAGCUUUCAGGAUCAGCUCUAUCUCUUUGGCGGCACAAAUGGGGUGCAGUGGUUCAACGAUGUCUGGAGCUAUGAUCCGCGAACAAAUACAUGGACACAGCAGGAAUGUAUAGGCUAUAUACCGGCGCCCAGGGAAGGACAUUCGGCGGCAGUUGUUGGCGAUGUGAUGUAUAUCUUUGGUGGUCGAACGGAAGAAGGCACAGACCUUGGAGACCUCGCGGCUUUCCGAUUGUCAACACGACGAUGGUACACCUUUCAGAACAUGGGUCCAUCACCAUCCCCUAGGUCGGGUCACAGCAUGACAGCACAUGGUAAACAAAUCAUUGUCCUCGCUGGCGAGCCGAGUUCUGCCCCUCGAGACCCUAGCGAGCUCAGCAUGGUCUACAUCCUCGACACUGCAAAAAUUCGAUAUCCCAAUGAUCAACCCCCCGCUGGGAACAAACCGGAGCAAGGAACACUUGGCGGCAGUAAUCGGCCAAGUAUUGAGGGCAGGAAUACUAAUCAAGCAGGCAGGUCUGUCUCACGGGAAGGACAACUGCCACAUGCUGGUCAUAUGCAGAAGAGCGAAAGCAGCUCGCGCGAUAUCCCCACCCCAGCUCCUGGACAAUCGAACAAGCCACUCGAGGGCCCGAAUUCUAGCAAUAGUUCAGGGCCACGUUCCCUCCAGGCGUCUGUGGCACAAAAUUCUGUCGGGCCCCCGCUACAAGGCCAGACGCCAGACCCAAGGACGAACAUGGCUCUGCAGUCUACUCCACAUUCAGAUCCACAAAAUCGGACACCAGCGAAAGAGAUACGCAGCCAUGGCCCUUCUAUUGACACGGCUAGAACGAAUUCUGCUGAAGGACACCGACGUACCCCAAGUAAUAGGGACAGUCCGAAAGACCUCGCCGCAAAGGUAGUGCGUCAGACCAGCCCAGAAGGUCACGGUCGGCGCACACCAACUCAGCCACCUGCACAAAAAGCGAAAGCAAUGGAAGCAGGGGAAGCUGCUCCACUCAUCAGCGGUCCAUCACGUCAACGGUCUCUACGAUCUCAAAGAGGUCAAGGCUCUAUCGACGGCUCGGAAGAGGGUCUGCUCGGCAGGACUGGCUCAAGCAGAACAUAUUCGGGAGAUGGUAUGGCGGACGUGCGUAGUCUCCGUAGCAUUGGAGAUGAGCCAAAGUCGCCAAGACUGACUCCACAUCAAGAAGCACUGAUGAAAGAAUUGGAGGCAACUAAAUCACGGAAUGCCUGGUUCGCGUCAGAGCUGGCCCUGGCACGGAAAGCUGGGUAUCAACCUAGCGGUUCCGCAAGCCCGAUGUUGGACGAAAGGGCUGCCAAUCAGCUCGGAGAGGAAGACCGACCUCUUAUAGAAGCGUUCUUUGCCAUGAGAGCAGAGCUCGGCAAAAUGCAGCAAACGGUCGAGCAACAAGCUGUCGCCGCUGCAAAGCAAGUUGCCGAGAUCGAGCAUCAGAGGGAUGCAGCCGUGAGCGAGGCUGCAUAUGCAAGGGCGAAGCUGGCAGCACAUAGCGGAAGCGCACAUGGAACCCCUCAGCCCGAUUCGGCCCGAGAUAGUGACGAUGGCGCCGAGCGUGCCACUGAUAUCAGUCGCAGGCUUGCACUAGCUCUAGCUGCACAGAAUGAACACAGAACCAAACUCGAAGUUGCAACGAACGAGCUUCAGGCAGAAAGGCGCGCACGAGAACUUGCCGAGGAGUCUGCCGAAGCUGCGCAGAAACGUCUGGACGAUAUAAGUCAAGGUCGCAACCCAAUGGAGCUGGAAGCUCUACGAAGCGAAUUACACGAAGCACAGAUCAGGGUCCGAGAUGAAGCCGCUCAAAGGGCACGCGCAGAGGAGAAAUUGAGCAUGUCACAGGUUGACCGUGAUGAGAUUUCGCAGAAGCAUGAGGAAACGUCGAAUCGGCUGCAAGAGCACAUAUCAUCUCUCGGUGCCCUGCAAGCAGCAGUUGCCGCCUCAUCUGAGAAGGCAAGCACCCUUGAACGGCACCUUGACCAGGAGAGGGAACAAAAAGAGUCCCUAGAGAGGAAGCUUGCUAACCUCAGAGCGGAACAUGAAGAGCGCACCAGUGAGCUUGAGAGCACCACCCGUCGCUUGCGCGAGACAGAAGAAUUGGCCGACACCUAUGCCAAAGAGGCUACUACUCACAGAGAAGCAUUGGUCAGCGGUCUGUCAAGGGCUACGCAUGUAGAAGGCCCUCUUCCACGCGAUGCUGCCACGGAACAACGAAUCUUGGUACUACAACAGUCGGCUGAUCGGGCGCAUUCCCUUGCCAAAAACAACCAGGAAGCAGCGGAUUUAGCUGCACAGAAACUGCGGAGUGCCGAAGAAAGAAUUGCUAGCCUUGAAGCUUAUCAAGAACAAAGCAAUCGCGAAAGUUUGCAGCUACGCAGACAACUGCAAAGUGAGAUCAAAGAGGUGCAGAGCGCUCAGGCGGAAAAGCGAGAGCUGAAGGCCCAGCUUGAGAAUCAUCAACGAGAGGCCAAUGCACUCGCAAUUCAGCAUGGUGCUUUGAAGGAUGUGUUGUCAGAACGGACCUUGCAUAGUUCAGAAUCUAGACGAUCCCCCUUGUUUGAUAACCACUCGCCAGGGUCGAGACUCGGGACGCCAGAUCAGAACCGUCUCCGCGAGUUGGAGCAACAGCUGCAAUCGAGUCUGAAAGCUCAUGAGGAGGCCAAGAGCGCCUUCGAGUCGAGGGAACAAGAAGCGGACCGCCAGUACCGAGAGAAGCUUGAGCAGCUAGAGAACGACUAUCAAUCUGCCGUUCACUACGUCAAGGGAACUGAAAAGAUGCUCAAGCGCAUGAAGGACGAACUCUCCAAAUACAAGUCGCAAAACACACGUCUACAAUCCGAACUUGAAAGCAUUCGAGGUGAUCGCUCAGGUUCACAGAACGAAGACGAAGCUGCCAGAUUGGCGGCUGAGCGUGACACUCUGCAAAGAUCCCUCGAAGACGUUCGAAAGCAGACUGGCUUGCAAAUCUCCACGCUCGAGUCGCAGCUGUCUUCCAUUCGAGCCGAUCUUGCUGCAGCACAGGCUGAGCGUGACCAGCAUCGCUUGAACCAUGAAGAGCUUUCCAAAUCUGUACAACAGACACGAGCCGAGCUUACCCAGCUCAAGUCGGAAAACUCCAUGCUUGAAAACAGAGCCAUGGACGCUGAGCAGCGAGUCACCAUGCUUCUCGACCAAGUCGGCCAGUCUGUUGGUAAUUAUCGACGGCAAUCGCAGAUCCACCAAGGAACGGCUCCCAAUGUCAAUGUGAAUGGCAAUCAUGAUCGGCAUAGCAUACAGAGUGCCUCGAGCUUGGUCCCCAGCGGCGGUAGAGACCGCGCCGACUCAUCCUCCCAGGACGAGAUGUUCGCCGACAAUCGUGGAUCUCUGGCAUUGGAUAGUCUUGCCUCGGAGCUGGAUGCACUGAAGAGCCGCUGGGAAAGCACGAGCAGAAGCUAUCGGCUGAGCAAUCAGUUCGACUUUGAGAGGACACCUACCAAGGAUAACAGUGGUGUGGGUAGUGGAGGAGGAGGCGGCGGCGGCGGAGGAGCCGAGUUGAGCGAGAAUCUGGCAAACUGGAGGAAGAGACUGGAGGACGAAGAAAGGGGUGCGAGGAGCGGUGGCGCGGUCAAGGAAUCAAGAGAUGGAGGAAUGAUCUAA